UAGGUUGAAAGUGCAAGCAGCCAUUUUUUCCAACCGUUUUUACAUGAGUUUAUGCGACCAGAUCCAGACUGUGAGUUUUAACCCAGUCCUUUGCUGUUGCAUAUUGAACGAACAUAUUUAAACAAUAUUGAAGAGGGAUAUUUCAGAAAAGCGUGUUUGUUUGACCCCAGGUUGACGCGCAGAGCGGCUCGGUGCUUCACUUAGCUGUUAGCUAACGCUAGCUUCUGCUGUAAACAAACAACUGCAUGCAAAGGCACAGUAGGUUCAUUCUGCCUGUUUGUCAUCAUAUUUACCUUUCAUGUUGGCUUUUUUGGUAAAUACAAUAACGUCAGAAACGUAGCUUUAUGAUCAGUAGGUACCAGUAACCUUUUGGAUGCCGAUUAUCUGACACAUAAGCCGCGCAACUUCAGUUUUGAUGACAGUGCGAGCUCCUCCAAAAUAGCUCGGAGCUCAUUUGCUUUGGAGCAGGUGGGGGUCAGUUUUUAGUGGAAGCAGGAGCAGAACUGGUCGGUAUGUCUUCUUUCUCCGAGUCGGCCUUGGAGAAGAAGCUGUCGGAGCUGAGCAGCUCCCAGCAGAGCGUUCAGACUCUGUCUCUGUGGAUCAUCCACCACCGCAAACACUCGGCCCUCAUCGUCAAAGUGUGGCACCGAGAGCUGAAGAAAGCUAAAAGCAACAGGAAGCUGACAUUUCUGUAUCUGGCAAAUGAUGUCAUCCAGAACAGCAAGAAGAAAGGACCAGAGUUCACCAAAGACUUCGAGUCUGUACUUGUGGAUGCCUGCUCCCAUGUAGCUAGUGAAGUUGAUGAUGGCUGUAAAAAGCAAAUGGAGAGGCUGCUGAACAUCUGGAAGGAAAGGAGUCUCUACAGAGGUGAUUUUAUUCAGCAGCUGAAGCUUGCCAUCGAGGAUUCCAGCAGCCCCAGACCCUCAGUGGAAGAAAAGAAGGCCGUAAAACGAAGCUAUCAGAAGAUCCAGGAAGACGAAGAGGAUGAAGACGAUGAUUACAGAAUCCACAUGUCUCCACACAUCACAGAUGCCUCAGCCAAUCAGCUGACUGAGGAGCUGGUUAAGGCUCUGCAGGAUUUGGAGAACGCUGCAUCAGGUGACGCAGCUGUUCGGCAGAAGAUCGCCUCCCUUCCACAGGAAGUUCAGGACGUUUCCCUCCUGGAGAAGAUCACUGACAAGGAUGCAGCAGACAAGCUGUCUAAAACUGUGGAUGAGGCCUGUUUACUGCUGGCGGAGUACAAUGGCCGACUGGCAGCAGAGCUGGAAGACCGCAGGCAGCUUGCUCGCAUGCUGACUGAAUAUAUCAGCAGCCAGAAGGAGGCGCUAAUGGAAAGGGAGAAGAAGCUAGAGGAGUAUAAACAGAAGCUGGCGAGAGUGACUCAUGUGAGAAAGGAGCUUAAGUCCCACAUCCAGAGUCUACCGGAUCUGUCUCUGCUGCCCAACGUCACCGGCGGCUUGGCACCUCUACCCUCAGCGGGAGACCUCUUCUCCACCGACUGAGAGCUCUUAGGUUGAACAGACUACUGGAACGUCCCUCCGCAGCCAACCUCAGCCCCAUGUUUGAAUAACAAGGAUGCUCCUGGCUUUGCCUCCACCUUGAAGGCAUGUGUGGGAAAACUUCUUAAAGAAGAGUAGCUGCCUACGCCACCUGCUAACUCAAUCCUAGCGGGACAAGGAGGAGACAUGAGAGGCAAAGCAGAGAACUGAGACUCUGUCCGACCGGAUUCUACGCCACCAGCCGGGAAGUUUGGUUCCUGAUUGUUUUUAUUUUCUUUUAAACCCUAAAAUGUUUCAAUUAAAGCCUCAUCCUGUGUUGUAUGUUUUUCCAAUUCCUCUAGGUUAUGGCUACAGUCUGAAGAGGUUAUUAUUCAAUAGAUUGAUUGUGUUUUUUGUUGGCUUUCUGUUUGUGUCUCUUUAUCAACGCUCGGCAAGACCAGAUGUUUGAUGUGAGUGAAAAGAUCAUGUUUGGUUCACCAUGUUUGGAUAUUUUUCUCAUCUGUCACAUCACAUCUUCAGUUUAGUAACAUCUCUGAGUCUGCCAAACCAGAUUUGUUGAAUAAAAGCAUCCAAAUAGAAAUGAACAAAUUUAAAAAAUACCCUGUAGUCUCCUGUUUUUGACCAAACGAGGAUCCCACCCAAAAGUCUCCUUUUUGUGCUUUUAGCUCAGGCUUAAGCUCUGACUUUGGUUAAGUUCAGUAAUGUGUGAUAUGUUUGAUUUUUGCAAAAACAAACUGCAUCAUUUUUUGUUAAACAGAUUUGUUUUGUAGAUGAGUACAUCUGAAAUGCUACAACGGGAAAAACGGUUACGACUAAGAGAAAAUAAAGCCUUAUGUUGCACGAUUAAUUAGAAAAAGACUAAAUUUUGCUGUUAAUAUCUGAGUUUGUGCAGAAAAAAAAUCUGAACAUGUGAAAAGCUUAUAGGUAGUUAUAAUUUCUUACCCCAAAGUAUUGAUAUCCUUAGCCUUAAAGGUUUUAAAUGAAAUAUUUAUUUUGCUCUUUUAUCAAAUUUUUAGGUUUCUAUGUUCUUUUUUUAGGUUUAGGUUGCUCUGUAGAUGAGUAGCCACUGCUGAAGAGCUUAGUGUUGAAAUAAACUGGAGAUUUAACCCUGAUUUCAUAUAUUUAGCUUAAUAUGAAUGCACUUCAAUUUUGGUUGUAUAAUUGCUGAAUAGCAUUUCUACAUAUAGGUCAUUAAUAUUUCACCACAGAGCAUUUAAUUUAUGCUUUCUGAGAAAUCAAACGGUUCCUGCUGAAGUUUCCCGCGUUGUUUUUUUGUUUUGUUUUUUUUGUUAGAAAGGAUUUUUGAAAAACUUUUGAAAAUAAGAAAUGCUGUUU